CGGCUAUCUGGGGUCCUACCUAACGGAGGUGACAUUCAGCAGCAGAAGGCCGGGAGGAAAGCCGCAGUGACUGAAAAGAGGCAUCUGCAAUGGCACAGGCGGCACAGAAAUUCGUUCAGUCCGUCGUAACUAAGACUCCGAAACUAAUUAAUGCUACUGUCGCUUACUCAAGACCACGCUUGGCAACAUUUUGGCAUUACGCCAGGGUGGAGCUGGUGCCACCUACUCCAGCAGAAAUUCCUAAGGCCAUCGAAAGCGCCAAGGGACUAGUCCGAGCAUUUCAGGCUGGCCGACUUUCCCAGGUCACAGUGCGGGAAGCCAUAAGGAAUGGACUGGUUGCCACAGAGAUCCUCAUGUGGUUCUACAUUGGAGAGGUCAUUGGAAGGGGAAGCCUGAUUGGCUACAAUGUGUGAUCAGGGUCCCCGUCCCGUUGUGUGUUUUGUACAUCCUGUAACCAGCAGUUAUGGUGUUAUUAAACAGAAUAUGUCCUGA